AUCUGAUCCGGGUUCUGAUUGAUUUGUGUAUGAUAGUGGGGUUUAUUUAAGAAAGCUCAUAUUUAAUUGUUUAGUAGUAGCGGAAAUAGCGAAGAAGAUGAGAGUGAACAUGGAGAGAUGGACAUGGAGAUGCCACCAACCGGAGCAGUACCGGGCUUCAUAAGCGCAUCGUCUCUGUGUGACAUAGCUACCUGUAUCGAAUUCGUGUAUGACUUCAUAAGCGCAUCGUCUGUGUGGGAUCAUAGCACAGUCUGCUCCUCCCUCGCCGCUGCCCGCCGUCGAAACUCGGUCGUCACCGCCGGCAUGUCAGGUGAAUCCGCCGCCUCUCCCGCCGCAACACAGAUCGGCGACUUCCUCGCCAAGAAGCCCUACGCGCCACCGUCCUGGGCCUCGCACCUCUCCCUCGCCCCCUCCCACACCUUCUCCCUCGGCGUCUUCCCAACCCCGAUUCACAAGUGGAACCUGCCCAAUCUGCCGGAAGGCACGGAAGUAUGGAUCAAGCGGGACGACCUGUCCGGCAUGCAGCUGAGCGGCAACAAGGUCCGGAAGCUCGAGUUUCUGCUGUCAGAAGCCGUCGCGCAGGGUGCUGACUGUGUUAUCACUGUCGGUGGUAUCCAGAGCAGCCAUUGCCGUGCGACGGCAGUGGCCGCCAAGUAUCUCAAUCUUGACUGUUACCUGAUAUUGAGUACUUCCAAGCAUCUUGUAGAUAAGGACCCUGGUUUGGAUGGAAAUCUCCUUGUGGCGAGAGUGCUGGGAGCGCACAUUGAUCUUGUUUCAGAAGAAGAAUAUGGGAAAAUUGGCAGUGUGGCUUUAGCUGACUUGCUCAAGAAGAGGCUGAUGGAAGAAGGACGGAAGCCAUACGUGAUUCCCGUUGGUGGAUCCAACUCACUUGGAACUUGGGGAUAUGUUCAAGCUGUAAGGGAAAUUGAGCAGCAAAUUCAGUUAUCUGGUGAUGUUCAGCUCGAUGAUAUCGUUGUUGCCUGUGGCAGUGGCGGAACCAUUGCUGGUAUUGCUUUAGGAUCGAAAUUGAGUAGCCUCAAGGCAAAAGUCCAUGCUUUCUCUGUUUGUGAUGACCCUGAAUACGCCUAUGACUGUCUUCAAGGCCUAAUUGAUGGACUUCAAUCAGGCUUGGAUUCACGUGAUAUAGUCACCAUUGAAGAUGCUAAGGGCUUAGGUUAUGCGAUGAACACCACCGAGGAGCUUAAGUUUGUUAAAGAUAUAGCAGUAGCAACAGGCAUUGUGCUUGGUCCAGUCAACAGUGGGAAGGGAGUAUAUGGACUGCUGAAAGACAUGUCUAGCAAUCCAGCCAAGUGGCAAGGGCGAAAAGUACUCUUUAUCCAUACAGGUGGUCUUCUUGCGUUGUAUGAUAAGGUUGAUCAGCUGUCAUCUUUGGCUGGGAGUUGGCGUAGAAUGGAUCUUGAAGAACCACGCGAAGAUGGCACUGGCAAGAUGUUCUGAUGGAUUACUCCAGAAAAAUCUUCAAUUUAUCUUUGAGUUGUAGACAUUCAUUUAUCUCAAGAGCAUUUUCUCUAUACUACUGGUAUAAUUUAAGAAUAAAGAUCAUGUUUCUGCCAUCUGGAAUGGAAGCUUCAUGUUUUCAUGUGUAAAUGACUAAUCCCUUUUCUCCUACAUUCUGGCAACACAUUCUUGUUUUCAGUUAUAAAAGUACUUGGUCUUGAUUUUUUUUU